CCUGUCCGGCGUUCGCGUUCCACCCCCCUCUUUCCUUUCAGGUUGGUUCGGCCCCCGUCUACUCCGGGGUGGUGCUUAGCCGGCGCCAGACCGACCCUCGACUUCGGAGAGGCAGUGCUGUUCCUCUUGGUGCUUCCUCCUCACCUUCUUCGGCUUCUUCAGCCUCCUCGGCCUCCUUAUCCGCCACAGGAACCCGAGACCCCGGUGUAUGCCCCACCCCUGACCCCGCUAGAGAUAUGUCCACCCCGGCUCGGCGGCGCCUCAUGCGGGACUUCAAGAGGUUGCAGGAGGAUCCUCCAGCCGGAGUCAGCGGGGCUCCGUCCGAGAACAACAUAAUGGUUUGGAACGCGGUCAUUUUCGGGCCUGAAGGGACCCCGUUUGAGGAUGGAACAUUUAAGCUUACAAUAGAAUUCACUGAAGAAUAUCCGAAUAAACCACCUACAGUUAGAUUUGUUUCUAAGAUGUUUCAUCCAAAUGUCUAUGCAGAUGGUAGUAUAUGUCUGGAUAUACUUCAGAAUCGUUGGAGUCCAACUUAUGAUGUGUCUUCCAUUUUAACAUCUAUACAGUCUCUAUUGGAUGAACCCAAUCCCAAUAGUCCAGCAAACAGCCAGGCUGCUCAGCUGUACCAAGAGAACAAGCGGGAAUAUGAAAAGCGUGUUUCUGCAAUAGUAGAACAGAGCUGGCGUGAUUGUUGACCCUGGGUGCAGCAAAAGAGGCUGCCUAUCAGAAAAAAUAUAUAUUGAUGUGUUUGUCACCUUCCUAUUCUUCAGUGUCAUUACAUUGACUUUAUUAAAAGCAAAAUAGCUGUUGUGCUGUUUCCAUCUUCCCUUGCCAAGCUUUUCCUGCCCGUUCUACCUUCUCCUUGAACAUCAGAAAACACCCUCUAUGAAAUCAAAUGUACUGUACCUGGGUUACUUGCAAAAAUUACUAAUGCUUAAUUCCUUUUCUGUUGUAUCUCAUCUACAGUCAGUCUUAGGGCAGUUUUGUUACUGUGCUUUACACUAAGCUUUUAAAAUGAUGUUAUACAAGUGGUGCUUAUGCAUAGCUUGAUGACCAGGAUGUUAUUUUUAACAAAAUGAUUGCUGAAGUGUUUCAUCCUGGCUGGUCCUUCACUUGUGUUGGAUUUAGGAGUGAAUGUCUUUAUAAUAUGGCCUGUAGAAAACAGAAAUAAAUCCAUGUAAACAUCAAUUUUGAAAGAGGAAUGGAGACUAAAAAUCUUACAAUGCUAAGAUUUAAGCAAUAUGAAUUACAAGAUGGUAUUUACUGGUAGUCAGGAGAAUGUUGAAGGACUCAGCCAAAGGAGUACAGCAAUUGUAGUAACUGACACAUUCUCUCCUUGGGAGAUACUGACUGGACACACCUGUGCUGUGUCAAUACUUGUGUUCUGGGUUUUUGCUUUUUUUAAAGAGGUGUAGGAGCAGAGAAAUGGAAACAAUCAUCAGUUUUUGAGCUAGGGAAAGUUGGAGAUCCUUUAAUCUUUUUAAAGGAGCAGUGCUGCCCUAGAUGAACAAACUUAAUAAUCCUCAAUCUUUUUUUAAAAUUUUUGAUUAAUUUAAGGAAGGGAGCAUAUUUGUGACAAACUAUUUUCCACUCAAAUCCUGAGUUACUGCUGCAUGCUUUAGUUUUUUCUCUUUCAGCGUUAUGAGAACCUUAAAGCCGAUGUCUGGAAUCUUUCUUUGGAUAUUUAUACUUUUAAAUAUAUAAUACCUUUAAGUAGCAGUGUGGGACAAGGCUUGUAAAUGUCUAAUGUUCUAUUGUCACCUUUUAUGCAUUUAUCACUCUUCCAACUCUAACUUUGCACAAGUAACCCAUGUAAAAAAUGUACAUUUUUCAAAACUUGUAAAUAAAAAUAACCUUAAAAUUUCA